AUUAAGUUAAUGAUGAAGAAGAAGAAAGGAAAGGAAAGGAAAGGGAGAGAUGGAGAGAGAGAAAUUAGUUUAAUUAAAAGGCAAGAAGUAGUUGUUUUAAUGGCAAUGUUUGUUGAAGGAAUUAUGAACAAACAGAAUAUGAAUUACACGUUGUGGCGCGAGAAAUCAAAGGGAUGUUAUAACAAAUGUUUGCAUAAUUAUCUCUUACGACAGCUCAUUUGUAGAAGAAACCAGAAUACCAAGUCUCUGUAAUCCGCUGGAAGACUCGAUCGAACACAAAGAAGACAACGACGACGGCAAUGUGAAGAAGACAUGGAAGCUGCAAAUUAACUUUGAUUAUCUAUCAUUCUCACAAACCCACAACCUGUGUUCCGUGGAAAUUCCAUUUCAGAAAGCCUAUCUCAAGAGAUUCUCUCCUCUGCCGGCUUCUGCUUCUGGUUUUGAUUUCUGAAUCCAAUUUUCCGCUUCCAAUUCCAGGAACAUAGAGUUGAUCAAUCAAGUUCUAGUUAUUAUUAUGGGCUGUUGCCAAUCCUCGUUACUUAAACUGAAAAAACCUUCAGCCGAUGUUACUGGGGAAGAUAAUAAUCCUCAAGACCCGAAGAUUCACCACCAUCAGAAUGGAGUAGAUGCCUCGCCGGCGGAUGAAUGCGUGCCGUCGUUUGUGGAGUUUACCUUCGCUGACCUCAAGCUGGCGACUAACAACUUCUGCUCUGAUUACAUUGUAUCGGAAAGUAGUGACAAAUCUCCUAAUGUCGUUUAUAAAGGGCGUCUUCAGAAAGAGAACAAUCAAUGCUGUGUUGCGGUUAAAAAAUUUACCAAAGCUGCGUGGCCGAAUCGCAAACAGUUCGCUGAGGAAGCCUCUGGUGUGGGGAAAUUGAGAAACAAAAGACUCGCUAAUUUAAUCGGCUACUGCUGCGAGGGCGAUGAAAGGCUGCUUGUUGCGGAGUAUAUGCCUAAUUGCACUCUUGCAAAGCAUUUGUUCCACUGGGAGAAACAAACCAUUGAGUGGGCAAUGCGUUUAAGAGUUGCUCUAUACAUUGCUGAAGCAUUAGAAUAUUGUAGUCAGGCAGAACGUCCAUUAUACCACGACUUGAAUGCAGAUAGGGUUCUAUUUGACGAGAAUGGUGAUCCUCGGCUAUCAUGUUUUGGAUUGAUGAAAAACAGCAUGGACGGGAAAAGUUACAGUACUAAUUUGGCUUAUACACCUCCAGAGUAUUUAAGAGAUGGAACUGUAAUUCCUGAAAGCGUUAUUUAUAGCUUUGGGACAAUCCUUUUAGACCUUCUUAGUGGAAAGCAUGUCCCUCCAAAUCAAGCACUUGAUAUGAUAGGAGGUAAAAACAUUACGCUGCUGAUGGAUUCACAUUUAGAGGGGAAAUUUUCAACUGAAGAGGCGACAUUAGUAUUUGAGCUCGCUUCACAGUGCUUGCAAUAUGAACCUCAGGAUCGACCGAGUAUUAGAGAACUUGUUGCAGCACUCGUCCCACUGCAAAAUAAAUCUGAUAUUCCAUCAUAUGAAAUGAUGGGUAUCGCAAAACAUGAGGAAAUACCGUUGCCGCCACAAGAACCUCUCUCUGCAAUGGGGGAUGCUUGUUUUCGAGUGGACCUUACAGCCAUUCAUCAGCUUUUGCUCGUUUCACACUAUAAAGAUGAUGACGGAUCCUGUGAACUUUCCUUCCAAGAAUGGACGCAACAGAUUAGAGAUAUGUUGGAGGCCCGCAAGCGAGGCGACAUGGCAUUUCGAGAUAAAGAUUUUAUAGGUGCAAUUGAUGGCUAUACUACGUUCAUUGAUGUGGGCAAUAUACUUUCUCCAACAGUAUAUGCAAGAAGAAGUAUUUGUUAUCUGCUGUGUGAAAAACCCGAUGCUGCACUUAGAGAUGCUAUGCAAGCACAAUUGGUUCAUCCUGAAUGGCCCAUUGCAUUUUACUUGCAAGCUGUUGCCCUUGUUAAGCUUGGAAUGCACAAGGAUGCAGCUGAUAUGUUGAAUGAGGCAUCAACAUUAGAGAAGAAAAGGCAUAGAGGUGGCAGAGGGUAUUAACAAUUCACUUCUUUUCAAAUUCUUUGG